AUGGGGGCAGAAACGGGAGAGGGUGGGGUGGAGAAGGGGGAAGGGGGAGGGAAGCGCGGAGGGAAGCGUGGGGUCGGUGGGGAGAGGAGAAGGUCGAAGGAGGAGAGGGAGAUGUUUCUGCGGUGCCGCGUGUUUGCGAGAUUUCUCAGUGCAGAGGAGCAUGAGGGGCUGGUGCAGAGCCUUACCCAGGCGCAGAGACUCAGAGACAGAGUGGCCGUGCUGCAGGAGUUGAGAGCAGCGGGGUGCAAGUCUCUAGCAGAGGGUCGUAGGUUCAUCCAGGCGCAUUACAAGGACAACCCCGCCGCUGCCGCUGCUGCUAUUGCAUGCCUUCCACCCUCCGCCACAGCCAUCAGCACAGCAUCAUCAGGAGGCGCUUCAGCAGCUCUUGACAUCUCCUCCCACCCUGGAUGCGACCUGCUGUCACCCAAGCAAACCUCUUCCCUUCCUCACAACCUCCCUUCUCUCCUCCCUCUAACACAUGUGUCCACUUGCUGUCCUUCCACUUGUGCAUGUCUUCCGGAUCACGACAAACAACGCCAAACUCUGCCAUCCGCUCAGGAGCGUGAGCUGUGCACGCACAUGCGCCUGCUGCCAGCUCACUACCUUCGAGCCAAGCAGUUCAUCUUGCAACAAGCAGCGCUCCCAGGAGGGACCUUCUCAGGAGCAGCAGUGCACUUACAGUUCCGUCUUCCUCCAGCCACCAUUGACACCAUGUGCCCUGUCUUCUCUCCCUUCGGCCACCCCUUCUACCUCCCAUCCGGUCAUCCUACAGCAAGCAGCGAUGUUAUCUUGCAGCAAGCAGCCCUAUCAGGGGGGACCAUCUCACGAGCAGCAGUGCCACCGACUCUUCCGCCUGCCCCCGCCAUCACUGACGGCAUGUUCCUUGCGUUUUCUCCCUACAUCCCCCGAUCCCCCAUCCCCUCUCCCCCAUCGGAACAGGUUAUUUUGCAGCAAGCAGCCCUGUCGGGAGGGGCCAUUUCACGAGCAGCAGUGCAUCGACUCUUCUGCCUGCCCCCUGCCACAACUGACGCAAUCUUUAGACUCCUGCUGGGGGCUAGCUGGAUAGCUGAAGCUGGGGGGAACAGUUCUGGUGGGGGGAUGGGAGGGGCGAUGGGAGGGGGGAUGGUGAAGCAAGAGGGCAUGUGA